CGGGGGCUCCCAACAUGUCGGCGCUGCUGGCGGCGCUCGGAGUGCGCAAGCGGGCAGCGACUGCGGCCGGUGGUGGCCAGCGCAGGGCGGCCCAGGCCUGAGGCCGAGCCGGGCUCCCCCGAGCCGACCUAAAGCGGGUCGGGCCCUAGCCGGGCCGCCCGGCGCCCGAACGCCGGGGGACGCCGGCCCUCCUUCGCCGACAGGAAAUACCAAAAUAAAGCAGAUGUUGUGUCCCGUACUGUUAUCUCAAGGUUUUGCAAGUCAUUCUGUUACGUGCUCCUUGGCAGCAGGAAUGUAAACUAAUUCUUUCAACAUUGAAAUAGAACCUUGACAAGGUUGUGAUUACAGAUUCAAUAUUGCAUAAACAUGGGUGCAUUUUUGGAUAAACCAAAAACUGAAAAGCAUAAUGCUCAUGGUGCAGGGAAUGGCUUGCGUUACGGCCUCAGCAGUAUGCAGGGAUGGAGAGUGGAAAUGGAAGAUGCUCACACAGCUGUUGUAGGUAUUCCCCAUGGCUUAGAGGACUGGUCCUUUUUUGCUGUCUAUGAUGGUCAUGCAGGAUCUCGUGUUGCAAAUUAUUGCUCCACACACUUACUAGAACACAUCACUAACAAUGAAGACUUUAGGGCGGCAGAAAAACCUGGAUCUGCUCUUGAACCUUCAGUGGAAAAUGUCAAGAGUGGAAUCAGAACUGGCUUUUUGAAAAUUGAUGAGUAUAUGCGCAAUUUCUCAGACCUCAGAAAUGGGAUGGACAGAAGUGGCUCAACAGCAGUGGGAGUUAUGAUUUCACCUGAGCAUGUGUACUUUAUCAAUUGCGGUGAUUCACGUGCUGUUCUCUAUAGGAAUGGACAAGUCUGUUUUUCAACGCAGGAUCACAAACCUUGCAACCCGAGGGAGAAAGAGCGAAUCCAGAAUGCAGGAGGCAGUGUAAUGAUUCAGCGUGUUAAUGGUUCAUUGGCAGUUUCUCGAGCUCUGGGGGACUAUGACUACAAAUGCGUUGAUGGUAAAGGCCCUACAGAACAACUUGUUUCUCCAGAGCCUGAGGUUUGUGAAAUUUUAAGGGCAGAAGAAGAUGAGUUUAUCAUCUUGGCUUGUGAUGGAAUCUGGGAUGUAAUGAGCAACGAAGAGCUCUGUGAAUUUGUUAAGUCUAGACUUGAAGUAUCAGAUGACCUGGAAAAAGUGUGCAAUUGGGUAGUGGACACUUGUUUACAUAAGGGGAGUCGUGAUAACAUGAGUAUUGUACUAGUUUGUCUUUCAAAUGCUCCUAAGGUCUCAGAAGAGGCAGUGAAAAAAGAUGCAGAGUUGGAUAAGCACUUGGAAUCACGGGUUGAAGAAAUUAUGGAGAAAUCAGGUGAAGAAGGAAUGCCUGAUCUUGCUCAUGUUAUUCGUAUUUUAUCUGCGGAGAAUAUUCCUAAUUUACCACCGGGAGGUGGUUUAGCUGGCAAGCGUAAUAUUAUUGAAGCUGUGUACAGUAGACUGAAUCCACACAGAGAGAAUGAGGGGCUUUCAGGAAAUUUGGGGGACCUGUUCUAGCCAGGCAUCAUUAGCGAGAAAUCUAUGUGGUAAUGUAUCCAUAUUGUAAGAUAUAUAAAAGAGAUGGUUUCUAUCCUACUGUUACAUUUGGAGGUUUUUGUCCACUAGCACUGAGGGAGAUGUGGUGAGCUCAAAAUAAACCAGCAUCAGGCAUAUUACACAGGAGCGAAAAUAUUAAGCUGAGUCUCCCAAAAGAACUAUGAAAGAUCUGAGUAUUGUGAAAUUAGCGUUUGUUUGCUAUUGUCAACCUUGGAGCAGAACUGAGGAAUUACACAAUUCAGAUAUUCUCCAAACUUCAAAAGAAAUAAUUCCUCAUCUAUACUUCCUUCUUUAAUAACAGCUAUAUAUAUAUAUAUAUAUAUGUAGCUUUUCUUUGGUGAAAAUCAAAAAGAUUGAAUAUAUCUGUAGUCUCAUCCUGGUGCUCUGAUUUUUCACCAAGUUGAUGAGUCUCAGUGCUUUAGAAAUACCCUCUUUAAUUUGCUUCUCCUUAAUGGGCUCUUGGAGAUCUCUCUGACUGUGAAAAUGCUAGUGCAUGGGAGUUGCAACAUUUGAAACUGAGACCAGGAAACCGCAGUGGAAGUACAUCUCUACUUAGGCAACAAAUUAGGCUUAGAGGGAUGGCAUUUUAUGUAACACCCAUUUUUUGCUAAAAUUGUCCCCUUUUAACUUCAACUUUGCUAAUCAUUCUCAGUGCUUCUAUUCUAGUAACAUUCCAGAAUCAAAAUCUUACUGAACCCAAGAUACUAUCUUAGCACUGCUGUUAAGUUGUAAAGGAGUGUUUGCAAUACUUGUAGUUUAUGAAGCUUUUGGACUAGAUAACAAUAAAAUGAGGUCAGCAUUAAAAGAGAGCGGUCUGGAUUUUGCCUCGGUUGCAAAAUCUGCCAGCUUUGAGUGAUCUAGUUCCAUUUGUCUAGUUUGAUAACUUGGUAGGUAUUAAUAAUUCAAAACAUGCUAUUCCCUUAAAGUGACAGCACGGCUUUAGCACUUGAAAUUUUAAAUAUGUAGCAGAUGUACAAGUCCAUUGCAGAAAGCAAAGACGCACAGCAAUGAUAGACUUUCCACUGAAGGCCUGUAGCCAAAUGGGUGCUUUGCAGAAGAGACCUAUGUUCUUUAAUCACUGCUUAUUUAGUUUUUUUGCUGUAGGUUGCUAAAUCUGACCUUAAAUGGCUGUUCCACCAGUUAAUUUUUCUAUAUAGUACACACAUCACACAUCUGCCCAAACCACUGUCUUGCAUUCUUCAAACACCCCCAUUCCUGGUGCUAUAAGUAGCUGAUUGUUUCUUUCUUGGCAGCAUCACACACUCAAAAAACAUUCUUUAACAUAGGAUUGUUUUUAAAAACACUUUGGAGCAUUUAUUCUGAUGUGAUUCUUCAGUUAAACUGUUUGCGGUGGGGAGUUGCCUGUUCUUUUUAGUAUGUGUUUCACACAGCUGCUUUGCCAUUAGCUGUGUGAAAUUCACGAUUAAAAAUACUGACCUGUUGGCUAAAGAAGCUUUAAUAUUCACAUUUUGUACUGUCUGACAGCUGAUCACCGUUGUGGAGAAUAUCAGCUGUGUCCACUGGAAGACAGUCUGAAUAAAGAUAGAGCUUAUUGGGAGGAGGUAGCAUUUUGAUGCUGUCCAGCUCAAAAUGAAGUGGUUGACAGUGGUGUUCCAAUAGGUAUCAUUUUUUAAAUUGUUGUGUAAAAUAAACAUGUUCUGAGAUAUGUUGCUAAUAAGGUGCUUUUUUUGUACUUGCAUUAGGACGAAACUGAUGUUUUUUUCAGUCAGAAACGUUGUUUUUAAAAUGUGUUCCUAAAAUAUCCUAGUUUAACUACUGAUUUUUUUGGGGUCUUGAAUCCUAA